UCAGUACCUAGGCCGAAUUUCGCUCAGUGUAAAUAAAUCUUCUUCCGGUUUAUAAUGUUUCCCCGAAUUUUUGUAGCCCUAACCAGUUUUGUUUUACUUAGGACAUCGAAUUGAAUUACUGAAAUGUCUAACGCAGCAGGAGGAGGAGAUAGCGAAUCGGACGUUACAGAACCUGAGGUUGAGUACAGAGACGACCCUAGUAGUCCUGAUCAGUAUGUUCUUAUUCGACUUGAUAUACCAAAGCUGAAGAAGAAAAUGAUGUCAGAUAAGGCAGCUAAUGCAACAAUAGAUCUGAAACCAACUGAAUGGUCAUUCUCCUUGACUGUCACUCUUACAGAUAGCAAUGCAAAAGUUUAUCGCUAUGCUGUACAAAAGUUACCCUAUGAGAUAGAUACCAAUCCAAAGAAGACAAAGUACAAAGUGUCUAAAAAUGAAAAAAUCGAACUGAUGCUACAUAAGGCUACCCCCAGGAGCUGGGCAAGGGAGCUAUCAAGUGUGGGUCUAGAGCACGCUGACCAGGACUAGCUUUAUAGUUAUACAGUAUUACCUCUAUCCACCAUUAGGUUCAGUAUGCACAAAAACUAUUCAUAAAGAAUGAUGGUCUCACUCGAGAAUAUGAGAGGGAUCAAAAAGCAAUAUGCACACCUUUACAUCGAUUUACAAUUUUUUUUAUUAUUUAAAUGGCUAAUAGCUGUAAUUUGCAGUCUAAUACCCUAGAAUAUUUUCAAUGUUAUGUAUCUUACAGAAUCAAUAGACUUGGACAUAAACCUUAUAUUCUAUAAUUAUUGAAGAUAUCUUUAAAAAUUGAAAAGGUGUGAAUGGUAUUUCAAUUUGGAACUCAUACUACUUUAAUACAAGGAAAUAAUAUUUUUAAAAAGAAAGUUCAUACCCAAGUCUACUGAUUGUGUUAGUAAU